AUGUUUUUUUGUGAUAACCCAUAAAUUCUGCUACAUCUACGAGAAUAAGUAAUAAUUAUUGCAACGCAAAUUAUUAUUCUCCAAGUUUUCCGUAUUACGCUUUCCUUAUGAUUUGUAUUUGCUUUUCUUUGUCAUCGCCAGCUUCACCGAAGUUACGUAUACGUAUGCUUCGUGAUUAAUUAUUUCGCGUUAGUUGUUCGAGUUUAUAUAUUCUAUUGAUCUGAAAGUGAUUAGAAGAGUUUCAGUCUACCUAAUUAUGAAGAAUAUCAUCGCUUCAACUUCGUUAUCACUGAUAUUUUUGCUGUCAGCGGUAGGCAAAUGCGAUUCGUCUUCUGAGAAAAGAAAUCUCGUCAAAGAUUUAGAAGCUAACGAAAAAGAUGAAAUGUCUAAAUUUGCCUUACAUACUCUCAACAGUCUAGACGCGACUUAUUCGAAAAGAAUCCUUUGUCGAGUAUUAGAUGGCAAGAAACAGUUUGCCAACGGAAUCGUUUAUAAAUUGAAAUUAUCGUUGGUUGUCGUAGCCGGUAGUAGUUCUGAGGAUAAGAAUUCGUCGUCGUCGUUGUGCGAUGAAAGUGAAGACAAAGUUAUCUGCGAAAUUGAUCUGUUGCGUUCUUACGCGGCUACAGAUUACGCCCCCAUAAAUGUUCAGGUCGUGAAAUCCGAAUGUUCCGACGAAUAUGGAGGAUCAGUUCAAAAACGAGCGAUAUCCAAAAGAAUGGCCGGCGGUAUCGAGUCGAUAGAUAUCGAUUCUGAUCAUAUUAAAAGCGUCGCAGCGAGAUUAGUGGCUAAAUUAGAUGCCGAAUCUGGUUCAGAUUGCAAGCGAAAAGUUAAUCAAAUUUUACAAGCUUCGACUCAGGUAGUUGCCGGAUCUUUACAUCGACUCAAAUUGGAAAUUUGCCCAGAUAAUUGUGCCCAAGCAAACGAGUGUAAAAUAUGCGCAGCCAAAGUUUGGGUUAAGGAAUGGAUGAACUAUUUCGAAGUUAUGGAAUACAGCUGCGAUGAAAAGAAAUCAAAUAUUUCCCAAAAUGGUUUAACCGUCGAACAACUGCAAUUCCGUCAAUUCGCCCAAAAAUACAACAAACAAUACGAGAGUGAAGAAGAAAAACAACGUAGAUUCCACAUAUUCCGUGGCAAUAUGAAAAAAAUCCAAAUGCUCAACGAGGGCGAACAAGGCACCGCCGAAUAUGGAGUCAACGAAUUCGCCGAUUUAUCCAAAUCCGAAUUCACCCAAUAUUAUUUGGGUUUGAAACCGAACGGAGACAAUAUUGAAAAACAGGCGUCAAUUCCCAACGUUCGUAUACCAUCCGAGUUCGAUUGGAGAACACACAAUGCUGUGACUCCUGUCAAAAAUCAGGGUAUGUGUGGUUCGUGUUGGGCAUUCUCAGUCACCGGCAAUAUAGAAGGUCAAUACGCGAUUAAACACAAAAACCUAGUUUCUUUAUCAGAACAAGAAUUGGUCGAUUGCGACACCGAAGAUAACGGUUGCGGCGGAGGAUACAUGACGACCGCGUAUCAUGCUAUCGAAAAAAUUGGCGGAUUAGAACAAGAAAAAGAUUACCCUUACGAAGGAUCUAAUGAUAAAUGCGUCUUCAACAAAUCCGAAGUGGCCGCUAAAGUCGUCGAUAGCGUUAAUAUUACGAGUAAUGAGACUGAAAUGGCCCAAUGGCUAUUUAAAAACGGUCCUAUUUCUAUUGGACUUAAUGCGUUCGCUAUGCAGUUCUACAUUAGAGGUGUAUCUAAGCCUUGGAAAUUCUUAUGUAAUCCGAAUGAAUUAGAUCACGGUGUUCUGAUCGUUGGAUACGGACAAUACAAAAAACUACCGUACUGGAUUAUCAAGAAUAGCUGGGGUCCUCACUGGGGAGAAAGUGGCUAUUAUCGCUUAUACAGAGGAUCGGGAGCAUGCGGAGUCAAUAAAAUGGCUUCUUCCGCCAUCGUUGAUUAAAUACCAAAUCCAAAAUCAGGUGGAUAUUUUGUAGCGUCUAGCGAAUCCACUACUUGAUUGGUAACGAUAUGUGAUCUGCAUUGAAGUCUUUUUUACGUUUCAUUUUUACGCAAUUGUAUACCUAUUACUUAGUUUAGUGUGGAAUAUAUCAAUAUUGUACCUUAUAAUGUGCCAAGAAAUCACUUUUAUGUACUUGAAAUUUGAAUUUGUAGGUAAUUAGGUACUUAGACCUACAUAUUGUACUAUUUUGAGUAACACGAAUUCAAGUCGUACCUAACCUUACCUCGUUUUUACAAAAUUUUUGCUCGGUGGAGUGAUUUUUUUUAUUCUUAAGUAUCUAAGUUUAAAUUUAAUUUCUGUUAUCAAAUGUACGGUAUUCACGAACCAUUCCGAUAGUUAAAGGGGUCUUAGGAGUGAGAAUGGAUUUCACUGCGAAGGUUUUUGAAAUUUUAAAAAAUCAGCGCGGAAAUUCGACUUGACCGCGAAAAUUUAGUAAAGGAAACCGUGAAAUUUUUUUACUCCGGGUCGCCUUUUAUUGAACGAGUUGUGUUGCAUAUUAAAUAAAUUAUUAUAAAUUGCGA